CUGUUUGACCCUUCAGAGCCACCGUUAUAAAUAUAAGUCCGAUUCGCAUUGUUGCUACCUUAUGUUAGCCAGUUCCCCGGUUAGCUAAAAUAACGGCUUCAUAUUAACAAUUUCAUAAACAAACUUAUAUAAUUAUGUCUGAAAAGGGCGAAGUUGAUUUAACAGGGGCCAAACAGAAUACUGGUGUGUGGCUGGUAAAGGUGCCAAAGUACCUCUCUCAACAGUGGGCAAAAGCAUCGGGAAGAGGGGAAGUCGGCAAACUCAGAAUCGUAAAGAACCAAGGAAAAGCUGAGGUGUCUUUCACUCUGAAUGAGGAGCUUACAACGAUUGAUUGUGUUGGGGAGAAAGCGUCUUCGGUACGCGCCCCCCGGGACCACCCUUUCACCAUGCAGACAGUCGGUGGUCAGACACUGGCUGUCUUCACUGAGAAUUCUUCAGGGCAGUCAGAAGACAGAUCUGAAGGCAGUGCUCCAGACAAGCUUGUCCUGGAAGGAGUAGUGGUCCAGCGUGCCGAGUGCAGACCUGCGGUCAGUGAGAACUACAUGCAGUUGAAGAGGUUGCAGAUCGAGGAGUCGUCCAAACCAGUCCGUCUUUCACAGCAGCUGGAAAAGCCCGUCACGACAAACUACAAGCCUGUCUCUAACCAUACUUACAACGUGGAGUAUGAGAAGAAGAAGAAGGAAGAGGGCAAGCGGGCACGUGGUGACAGGCAGCAGGUCUUGGAUAUGCUCUUCUCCGCUUUCGAGAAGCACCAGUACUACAACAUAAAAGACCUAGUGGAUAUCACCAAGCAGCCUGUGACAUUCCUGAAGGAGAUUCUGCACGACAUUGGAAUCUACAAUGUGAAGGGAACGCACAAAAACACAUGGGAACUGAGACCAGAGUACCGACAUUACCAAGGCGAAGAGAAAAGUGACUAGGGACAGUCCUACUGCAGCGUUUUAAUGGCAGAACCAAUCGCUUCUGUGCGCCGAGAAUGUUUUUCAGUCGGCACUGAGACAUUCACUUAUUUUCUUCCUAACCCUUACAUUGUGUGGUUUUUGUUUACCGUUUGUAUUUGUAACUGGGGGGGUGUACUGCAAUGUACUGUGCGUGCCAUUUUACAGUUUGUAUAUAUUUUCAAUCAAGUGAAACGCUUGUAUAAAAUGUAAACUGAUUAGCAAUGUGAGGUGACUUAUACAGUUCCACAUCCAAUGGCAGUCUGUAAGGUAUGACAAUUGGUUCCCAGCCAUUAAUAUUUAUAACAAUGAAUCCUUGGUUCUGGA